AUGCAGCCUCAAUAUCGCGCUUAUGCGCAACAGGUCCCUCAAAGAUCCCCGCAUGCGACAAACCAACGUCGAGGUGGAAUUGGACCUAUGAUGUCCUCCGGUCCUCACCCCUCUGUUCCCCUUACCCAGGCACAGAUGGCUCAACAACAACAGGCUCAGGCCCAUGCGAGUGAACUUGCAAAGCGACGUAGUCGAAAGCCCACCGACAAAAACAUCCCCGAAGCAGUAGAGGAUAGCAUUGUCAAUGCAGAUGGUGUCCAUCGAUACAAGGAUCUGCGGGAUGUUGAACGACGGCUCGACGCAACCAUCACGCGGAAGCGUCUAGACAUUGUUGAUUACACUAGCCGCGGCUCCAAGAGAUACAAGACCCUACGAAUUUGGAUCAGCAACACGGUCGAAGAUCAAAUUUGGCAAAGCAAUGGACUAAACUCUGACUCAUUUGACUUUACCCCUAGCAUGGAGGCUUCCUAUCGAGUCAAGAUCGAAGGUCGUCUGCUUGACAAUGAAGAUGAGACAACCGAGCAGGUCGCGCCCCAAGGUGAAGCCAUCGAAGAAGACAAUGCCUCGGGCGAGUCAGCUCCGAAACAAAAGCCAGCAGAGAAGCUUCGGUUCUCCCAUUUUUUCAAAUCGUUAACAGUCGACUUUGACCGAUCCCGUUUUCGAACCGGCAACGAACAAACAGUGGAGUGGAAAAAGCCUGAUACUGCCACCCGCAAUCAAAGCUCUGGCAGCCUCCCUAGUUCAGUCGACUUCGAUGAGCUCACCUUCAAAAGAAACGGAGACGAGAAUCAGAACAUUACCAUCAACCUUUUUCGUCAAGAAUCACCAGAGAGAUACCAGCUGAGCCCUGAGCUUGCCGAUGUUGUGGAUAUGAAGGAUGCUACCCAUCAAGAGGCAGUCAUGGGUCUUUGGGAGUACAUCAAGUUGCUUGGACUGCAAGAAGACGAGGAAAAACGCAACUUUCGUUGCAACGAAGCUUUGAAGAAGGUUACAAGACAAGGCGAUAUCGGACACAUCCCUCUGCUCAACGAUUAUGUUCAACAAAACCUUCGACCUUUGGAACCCGUCCGUCUACAGUACACCAUCCGAGUUGACCACGAAUUCCAUAAAGAUCCACAACCAACCAUCUAUGAUAUCCAGGUUCCCGUGGAUGAUCCCCUACGUGAUUCGUUACUGCCCCUGCUUAACAAUCCGCAAUAUAUUGCAAUGCUCAAAGAGGUGACAGGCCUUGACGACCAACUGGCUCGCGUUAUUCAAGCCAUUGCUGUUUCAAAGGCAAAGCAUUCAUUCUUUGAAUCCCUUAGCAAGGACCCGGCCAACUUCAUUAAGCACUGGCUGAGCUCGCAAAAGCGAGAUCUUGAAGUGAUCAUGGGGGAGGCACCAAGGGGAGGGGGAGAGCACGCGUCGGGCGACGAAUGGCGCCGUGGCGGAAAAGACAGUGUGUGGGCCACCGAGAAUGCUCGCGAAAGCGUUAACGUCUUGCUCUCCAAGCAGCGCUAA